AUUUUUUUUUCUAACUUAUGAAAUUUCUCCUGAGCGAAAUUUAUUGACUCGAAAAAAUUAAUAUUAUUAUUAUUUGACUUACUUGGUAUCUGACAAACUUCGGAGUCAUAGGGAAAUUAAUACACUUUUUGAGAAAAAAUAUAUCAGCUCCUAUCAGGCGUAUUUUCGCCUUGGUCUGCAUCAUUUUUGAACAAGUUAAGAGAGAAUUUUGUGAAUAUCAAUAUCGAUAUAGGAAAUUCAUAUAAAAUAUUAUUAGUAAAAACAUAGUAUAAUAUAAAAAGUAUAAAAAAAAAACAAAUCAUAAUAGACGCAGAUGCCAUUGAAGAGAAUUCUUUUCAAUCCAAUAUACAUGUAAUGAAUAUUCGCCACUGAAGCGAAAAAUUACCAUAAGAUUAAUUCAAUCAACUACGAAAGGAAAAAAAGUUAAAAUCUGUACGUGUGAGAACAUUAAUAUGAAGAAUAUAACACUUGAAGUCUCUAAAAACAUAUACAAAACCACAAGAAAUUCCAUGCUAUUGAAAAUAGAGAAGGGUACUGUGUACAAUAGUGAUCAAGUUUCAAUCAAAAACUUUGAAAAAAUCGACUUAAAUGAAGACAUUGAUAAUCCUGUACCUUUUGAUAAUGAUUAUUUAGGUACAUCUCCUCAAUUAAUAUACCGCACGCCUGCUGUUGGAAGAACCUUACAACAAAUUACUGAUCAAGCCAUACAAGAAUAUAACGAUUCAAUGGAAGCCAUAGUUUGGCUUAGAAAUGUUAUUGAAAGUGUUAGAAUUACAAUGUUAGUUCAAUAUAGUCAAUUCACAGCAAAUACGAUAAAACAAAUACCAAAAGAACACGAUAAGUUUAGUCAUCAUUGUUAUGAAGCCUUAAUAUUUUUCAAUUUUCUAUCAGAAAAAUUUAGAGAUUAUCGUUUACGUAGAGAACGGAUUGAUCAAAUAAUUUUAAUGUAUAAUGAAUAUAGCAGAUCUCCAAAAUUGGAAGAAGAUAAACAAAAAUUCAUUAAACUUAGCAAUGAUUUUUCCGAGCGUUUUAAAGGCUGUACAUUUUUGAUAGUGAUGACAAAAAGUUUAAGUAUAAGUAAAGUGUUUUUUAUUAUUAAAAGCAAUUAUUUAAAUAUAUUAAGUGUAAAUUGUUCAUAUUUUUAUGACACUGCUAGAUACAUUCUAUACUUACAUAGCAUGUAAUGCAAAAAUCUUAAAAGGCAAAGUUAUAUAAUAUGUUAUUAUAAAACAAUGUUAUUGUUCGUAAAAAAGUAUGACUAAAAGUAAUUUUUUUCAUAC